AUGCCUCUGUUCUGGAUCCAUCGGACAGAGUUACACAGGCUAUUUGCGCUCGACUACGACUUCGUGGCAUUCCGAAAGAUGGAGACUAUAUCAGGCAAACAGGCCUCUUCAUCGAGCAUUCACGUCUUGACCCAUGGCCAAGAUGCGACCUCUGACAAGAUACCCGUGGAGAGCGAGCGAAUUUCACAUGGAGAUGGCCUGUUUGCCGAGGACAAUGACAUCGAGAGGAGCGACUCAUCACUAAAUGUCGUCAAGUACAUUGCUGGAUGGGAGCUCGUCGGCCUAAUAGCCGGUCUCACUCUUGCCUGCUUCCUGAUUCUUCUGGAUGUGUCCAUUCUCGUGACGGCCAUUCCUCACAUCAUAACAGACUUCCACUCCCACACUGACGUUGGUUGGUGGGCCAGCAUGUACAGCCUCAGCAUUGCUGUGUUUUUACCUCUCUCUGGAAAGGUCUAUACUUGUUUUCACGUAAAGUGGACUUUCUUGGCAUUCUUCCUGAUUUUUGAGAUUGGCUCCUUAAUAAGCGGCCUGGCGAUUUCGUCGGUUGUAUUCAUCAUCGGGCGCGCCAUCGCGGGCAUUGGCACCUCUGGCAUUCAGACAGGGGCUUUUGCAAUCAUCGUGGCAUCGGCACCGCUCGCCAAGCGGCCAUCUCUCUUGGGCAUCAUGAUGGGCGUCUGCCAAGUCGGACUCGGUUCGGGGCCAUUGGUAGGAGGCGCUCUUACAGAGUAUAUGACCUGGAGACGGUGCUUCCUCAUCAAUAUCCCAAUUGGAGCGACAUGCGUUUUGCUCAUCUUGCUCGUCCGCAUUCCUGACCGGCGCUCCCAGCAAGACAAGCAGCCUAACAGCUUCUCUGUUUCACAGCUUGACCUUCCCGGGUUCUUUCUUCUGACAUUAUUUGCCACCAUGGUAUUGGUCGCUCUUCAGUUCGGCGGCCAGAUGCUCUCAUGGACUUCUACCACGGUUAUUGGGCUAUUGUGCGGUGGCGGAGCGGCGUUUACAGCUUUUAUAGCCUGGGAAUGUCGAGCUGGUGAUGGAGCCAUGAUCCCCCUGCCCCUUAUCCAGAAGAGACAAGUAUGGAUGUCUUGCCUUUCCAUGAUGUUGCUGUUUUCAACAAUCCUGGCAUCAUCGUAUUACUUGGCCGUCUAUUUUGAAUCCGUCAAAGGCAUGACACCAUUCAACAGUGCCGUAAGUAGUCUCCCGGUGGUUAUGAGCCAGUUAGUUGGAUCUGUUUCGUCUGGUUAUUUUGUUCAACGGAUCGGCUAUUAUCUGCCUGUCAUGCUUGUCUGUGCUCUACUCACAGUCAUUGGGCACUAUCUUUUAUCUACACUCUCACUUGAUUCCAGCACCAUCAAGUGGGCUGGAUACCAGAUUCUUCUGGGAUUUAGUCGUGGAAUAGGCCUUCAGAUGCCCAUCGUCGCCAUAAAUGCUCACAGUCCGCCGUCACUGACCUCGCUUGCCACGUCAACACUCCUCUUCUUCCAGACCUUUGGGGGCUCAGUGUUCAUUAGCGUCGCCAUCUCCUUAUUUAAUAACAGACUGAGGCAAGAGUUGUUGGCACGUGUUCCGGAGCAAGACGUCGGUAGGAUCAUCCACGCUGGUGCAAUUGGCAUCGACAAGGUAGUCCCCAAAGAGAUCCUUACAGAUGUGUUGACGUCCUAUGCCCGUGGUGUUUCAGCAGUAUUCUAUCUGUUAAUUGCUGUAUCAGGGUGCUUGUGUCUUACGUCCUGCGGUAUGAGAUGGACAGAUAUCAGAAAUUGUAGCGAACAUGGAAGAGAUGAAUCUUGA